GAGAUCCUUGACCAUUCUUCACACGUCCCUCUCUGCAAAAUUUCUCUCUCAAGUCUCAAACUCUCAGGUCUCUCUCUUAGCUUAGGCUCUCCUCACCGUCUUCUCCUUCCUUCUCUGCCUACCAUGUAGCUAUGGCGAAGCCACCCACAGACAAAGACAUGACAAAGUCAAACUCCCACAUGCUUCCUCCGUCGCCCACCCACUCCUCCUCUUCCUCCGACUUCGAGUUCACCAUCUCCAUCUCUCCCCGAAAAUUCUCCUCCUCCGCCCUCUGCCCCGCCGACGAACUCUUCCGCGACGGCCACCUUUUACCCCUCCACCCCUCCCACAGCUUGCCUUCCGUAGUCCCAACCCUCCUUCCCUCCUCCUCCUCCUCCGCCGCCCGUGACUCCUCCGGCAGCUCCAACGAUUCCCAGCAUUCCUUAUUCACCGCCACCGAUUGCGACUCCUCCCGCCCGAGCUCUGUCACGGACGACGAUGACGUCAAACGAUUUAACAACCCGCUGUUCUAUCCCCAAGCCACUCGAUUCCAAUCCCAUAGAGAGAUUAACAAGAUCAACAAGACGAGCACGACGAACAAGUACUUAUCAUCUACCUUCUCGAGAUUCUCCUCCGUGUUCCGGAAAGAACCGGGUAAGACCCGAGAUCCGGAUGGCGUAUCCGGAUCGUCGGUGAGACGCGUGAGCGUUACGGCGAGAGAGGUUGUUAGGAAGUAUUUGAAGAAGGUGAAGCCGUUGUACGAGAAGUUUUCGCAGAAACAGAAUCAUCAGCAGAGGACGGAGACUACUAACGGAGCAAAACCGACGUCGUUUUCGUCUCUGUUGGCGAGAACAGAGAGAUCAACUGCGAAAGAAGCGGAGAAGAAACAAAUAGGGUCGGUGAUGCUUUCUCAUUCUUUCUCGGGAAAUCUGAGGCACCUGAGGAGGAAGAGAAGCUGCGUUUCGAGCUGUCCUUCGUCGAUGAGAUCCUCGCCAACUCACUCCGGCGCGAUUUCUCGAAGCGGUGGCGUCGCCGGAGGGAUGUACUAUAGCAGCUACAAUUCGUCGACGAUGGAGGAGUUGCAGAGCGCAAUCCAGGGUGCGAUAGCACACUGUAAGAACUCAUGGAUUCAGGAAAAACCAAUGGUCAGCAACGAAAUCUAAAUCUGGUUAGGGCAUUUUCAUUUAAGGCAUGUAGUUUAAUUUAAUUUAUUUACGCCUAUCUCUGUUUUUUCUGGUUUUGUCCUUCCUUAGAUGGGAUUAAGCUAAUAUGGUAAAAGAUAAUCUACUUUCUCUGCUGUUUU